UCAGGUUAGCACAUAAAUACAUGCUUAAAUUAUAACAAGAAUAAAAAUAUACGUGCUUGCGAUUUUCAUUAAUUUAAGCAUCAUUAGAAGUCUAUUGCAAGAGCGCUAAUAACUUGUCAGAGCUAUUGUCUACCUUCCUCUCUUUUUUUUGAUAAGUGUAACACUAUAUAAGCGAUAGAAACUAAACAUCAAUUGUAUUCUUAGUUCUUUUCUCUUGAAUAAUUUUAAGACGUAAUCAUGGAAAAGUAUUUAAAAAAGAUAAAGAAAAAGCAUAACAUUAUAUGCCGCGAGAAAAUUAUAGUACAGCUAUAUUCUUUGAUUGGCAUAGAGGAUGAACCGAUGCCAGAGAGCAUAUUUGUGUAUGGACAUAUGGCUACUGGAAAGUCAUUAAUUAUACAGAGCUUGCUCGAUUAUUUAAAGUAUAAUGUUAGCUACGUUAAUUGUAUAGAACAUUUAGGUAGUAAACACAUAUAUAAUUAUAUUCUGGAUGAUUUAGUCACAUCUACAAAGGAAUUGAGUGACGAUACGCAAUUGAAGCACAGCUGCGACAAUAUGAUGGAUUUUAUACUUACACUUAGGAAGAUUUUUUAUAAUGAUAAACGUCCAAUCGUGUUAGUAUUUGAUAAAUGUCAUAAGAUAAGACACUUUGAUGCCACCUUUUUGCCCGCAAUUUUAAGACUCAGAGAAUUGUCUGACAUUAAUAUAUGUACGAUUUUGAUAAGUGAAAUUGCGUGGGAUAAAUUUAACACUAAGAUAGGCGCAUUGAGACCUAUAAAGAUUUAUUUUCCGCAGUACACGAAGGAUGAAUUAGCCCAACUGCUACUAUUAAAUAAGCCAGUGGAUUACAACAUAGAUUUUUAUAAAAAUUAUUUGAAUCUCUUUCUCUCUGUAUUUUUCCGAUUUUGUAGGGACCUAAACGAACUUCGGCACAUGGCUAAAAUAAAUUUUGUUAAAUAUAUCGAACCCAUAGAAAGUAAACAAAUUGAACUAGAUAACGUUGUCGCGUUAUGGCGAAACAUAUCUGCUACUUUGAGAUCUAAUUUAGAAAUCAUUUAUCUUAGAGUUUCAACAGGCGAUUUUUUGCAACCCGAUCAUCAAAUGUCUCGGGAAAUCGAGUCGACGACGAAGCUAGCUUUGAGUUUUGAACUGCCGUUUUACGCGAAGUACAUGCUGAUCGCAGCUUAUCUAGCUUCGUAUAAUCCUGCUAAGUAUGACAAGCAUAUUUUUAUGAAGCAGAGUAGUAAGAGACGAAAAAAGGUACGGUCGACGAAGAAAACGGGAGAAAACGCUCAAAAGAAGUCUCGAGUUUUUACUAUCUCAAGGAUGCUCGCGAUCUUCUGCGCUAUUCUCGAUGAAAAAGUAGACAUCAAUGCUAAUUUACUUGCGCAAAUAUCCACCAUGUGCCAGCUCGGUCUACUAUCUAUCGUCGGAGAUAAUGUCAUACAGUUGGACGAAACAAAAUUCAAGUGCUGCGCAAGUCACGAUUUUAUUGUCGUUGUAGCUAAGACAAUUGGCUUUGAUAUAAAAAAUUACUUGAGUGUGAAUACGUAUUGAAUAUACUUCAUAUAUGCACAAUUCAUUAUGUUCAUUUUUAGUUAUAGUUUCUUGCGUGUGUCUCCUAGUAACUUUACAUAAUUCUUUGUAUGAAGACUUUUUAAUUAUAAUAAUAGAAAAAAACUUAUAUAUAUUUAUGUUAAAAUAAUAUUUGGCAUUUUUAUGUAUUAGUCUUAGAGUGCUACUUAUGUUUUUCUUAUAUUAACAUUACUCUGACUGAAAACUCAUCCACAACAUUUAGAAUUUUUUAAAUACUCUUUUUUAUUUUAUAAAUUGGAAGAUAUUAGAAUAAUUGAACUAACAUUAUGUAAUGUAAACAAAAAUAUUUGAUUAAAUGUUAUUAAGCUAUCAAAAUUUUAAUAACAGAAACUGUAACUUGAAUUAAACUUGAGUGAAAAUUUCUUUACAAGCACUCUAGAGUUAAUAUAAUAAUUUAUAUAUCAGAUAUGAAAUAAGUUUAGAAUAUGAAACACAAUUUUGUGUGUAAUUGAUAUAAUUUGUUUUUUUAUUAAAAGUUUUGUAAGCA